AACCUAAUUUUAUUGGUGAUCCUUCAAAAAAAAAAAAACAAAUAUUUUUUUGCAUGUUUCAACAUACUUAGGUAUACCAUAGUUGUGUGGAACAAUGGAAAUAUGAAUACUCAUGGACUUAUUUAUCAAGGUUUAAUGUAUUGUCAUCUGCCACAAUGGGGGAUUCUAUAUAACCAUCCGAUAGAAUUCUUGCAACCUUAUGAAGGUGCUAUUAAAUCCUGUGUCCUACAUAUUUCACCAACACUGCAACAAGCUAGUUAUUAGCUAAAAAGCAAUUGGAGACGGGCUAGCUGGUUGCUUGGCACCCUCUAUCUUUCUGAAGCUUGAUAAAGAUGGAGGUUGAACUAAUGUUCCUGGAUCUUGUGUCAUUUGGUAAAUGGCCUAGAUAUUCAACCUCCUCCUUUUAUGUGAAAAUGGUGUUCAUCCCUCGUUCAAACAAAGUGGUAGGCUGAUUUGAUCCACAAAACGAAAUAUAUGACUUCCUUCACGGUUAGAGACCAUAUAGAUAUGCUACAAAAGGACCAAACUGUUUUCUAUUGGAAUGCAAAGAAAAAAAAUGUUUCUGUCGGAAUCCUCUAAUUUUAAGUGCUGUCAUUUAUAAUAUUAAUGCGUUUUUUCCUUGGUUCUGUUCUCUCCACACAAUUUGUUUAUUAUGUAGAUGACCUAGCCAUCCUGAGAGAGGAUUUUUUUUCUAUUUCAGAAAUGAAACACUGAAAAGUAAAUUCACUACAAGUAGCUUUUCACUAUUUUGAGUUAGCGCAAAGUAAUUUUGUGAAUUUUCUUUUCUGUCUUAUGGUUUUCUUAUUUCUUUCUUGCUUGGAUGGAAAAAGAGAUGUAACCAUUAUCGUGCCUCUGUUAGACAUGUCUCUCAACUUCUGUUUUGAUAUGUCCCUUUUCCUUUCCAUGCUUCACCCUUUUCUUCUUGGGCUGAGAAACAGUAUAAUGUUGUUUAAACACUUUCAUUGGAUGUUACUGUAAAUUUUAAAAGUAUCAUUAUCAACUCUAGAGGACAUCUUUCCCGAAAGCUAUGAGUGAAGGGUUAAAGAAAUCCACUCCAGCUGGCUGUGAGAAUCCUUUGGCAUCAGAAGAGCAGCAGGAAAAGAUUAAUGAGGUGAGAAGAUUGAUUGGGCCACUAUCGGAUAAGUUGCUUCUUUAUUGUUCUGAUGCAUCAAUCUCAAGGUAUUUAAGGGCACGAAACUGGAAUGUCAAGAAGGCAACUAAAAUGCUCAAAGCUACCUUAAAAUGGAGAUUGGAAUACAAGCCAGAAGAGAUUCGCUGGGAUGAGGUUGCUCAUGAGGCAGAAACGGGGAAAAUUUACAGGUCAAACUAUGUAGACAAGCACAGGAGAACAGUUUUGGUUAUGAGACCCAGUUGCCAGAACUCGAAGUCAAUAAAAGGACAAAUUAGGUAUUUGGUGUAUUGCAUGGAGAAUGCAAUUUUAAAUCUGCCACCAAACCAAGAACAGAUGGUAUGGCUGAUUGAUUUCCAUGGUUUCAAUUUGUCAAAUAUCUCAAUCAUGGUGACACGUGAAACAGCUCAUGUCUUGCAAGAGCAUUAUCCUGAGAGGCUGGGUAUAGCAAUCUUAUACAACCCGCCCAAGUUCUUUGAACCGUUCUGGAUGGUGGCAAAGCCCUUUUUAGAGCCCAAGACUGUCAACAAAGUCAAGUUUGUCUACUCAGGUGACCCCAAUAGCAGGAAGAUCAUGGAGGACUUAUUUGACAUGGACCUGAUUGAGUCUGCCUUUGGUGGGAAAGAUAAUACAGGGUUCGACAUCAAUAAGUACGCAGAGAGGAUGAGAGAAGAUGAUAAGAGGAUGCCUUCUUUCUGGACGAGAGGAAAUCUUCCCGAUGCUACACCUCAACCAUCCAUGGCAACUGCCUCUAUCAAUUCUAAGAUUUCAGAAUCAGAUUCUGACGCAUCAGAUGAAAAAGCAGAGAAGUCCUCAUCUCUUCAAGUUGUGGCAAAGGAAUUAUCUCUUGAGGACAAUUUGUCUGAGUUCGCAAAUUGCAGCAAGGGCAAUGGAGAUAUAAACUAG